UAUGACAACGAUGUCACGGUUUGGAGCCCGCAGGGCCGAAUUCAUCAAAUAGAAUAUGCCAUGGAAGCUGUGAAACAAGGCUCAGCUACUGUGGGGCUGAAGUCGAAAACACAUGCUGUUCUGGUUGCUCUCAAGAGAGCACAGUCUGAGCUGGCAGCUCACCAGAAAAAAAUCCUGUAUGUUGACAACCAUAUUGGUAUCUCAAUUGCUGGACUCACUGCGGAUGCAAGACUCUUGUGCAAUUUCAUGCGUCAGGAGUGUUUGGAUUCUAGGUUUGUGUUUGACAGACCUCUUCCAGUCUCUCGCCUAGUGUCACUAAUUGGAAGCAAAACUCAGAUACCAACCCAGCGUUACGGCAGGAGGCCCUACGGCGUAGGACUGCUCAUCGCAGGUUAUGAUGACAUGGGUCCUCACAUCUUCCAGACUUGUCCCUCUGCAAACUACUUUGACUGCAAAGCAAUGUCCAUUGGUGCUCGUUCACAGUCAGCACGGACUUACUUGGAGAGGCACAUGACGGAGUUCACCGAGUGUAAUCUAAAUGAGCUAGUUAAACAGGAUCUGACCACCAAGAAUGUUUCCAUUGGAAUUGUUGGCAAAGACAUGGAGUUUACCAUUUAUGACGAUGAUGAUGUAGCCCCGUUCCUAGAAGGUCUUGAGGAGAGACCACAGAGAAAGCCUGUUCCACCUGCUGAAGUGCCUGUGGAAAAGGCAGAUGAGCCAAUGGAGCACUAGUUGGUGGAUGAGUUAAUGUAUAAUUAUACAGGAACUAUUAUCCAUUUGCUGGUAACUUUAUCCUCACCUAUAUCUGUUUUCUGACGCCACAUUCUGAGGAUUGCUCUUAAAAGAAAGAAACCAACCAACCUAUCCU